UUCAGCUCGAGCUCGGCGGGGUUUGAUCAGGUUGACAGGCAAAGGAAGAGAAGUCACUAACGGAAAGCUCUGUGAGGAAGAUGGGCUCGGUACUUUGCUGUGCUACUUUUACAGUGCUAUGACAAUAGGAGCACAUCGUGUUUUGCUACGACAUCAUCUUUUGACACAACGAGGAGAAAAUAAGUUUUGUGAAGUCCGCGCACAGUUUAUGGUUGUGGCUUGAGCAGCAGAGUUUCAGGGGAACUGAAGCAGGAUGUACCAUGAAGACGGCGCAAAUUCACUCAGACCGCGAUAUGGAUCCAUUGUGGAUGAUGAGAGGAUGUCGGCAGAAGAAAUGGACGAGAGGAGGAGACAGAAUAUCGCCUACGAAUACCUUUGUCAUUUAGAAGAAGCCAAACAAUGGAUGGAGGCUUGUCUGGAGGAUCAACUGCCCCCUACCACAGAGCUAGAGAACAGUUUGCGGAAUGGUGUCUACCUUGGCAAACUGGCCACUUUCUUUGCUCCCCAGUUGGUGUCGGAGAAGAAGAUUUACGACAGGGACCAAUCCCGUUAUAAGCGCUCAGGACUACACUUCAGACAUACAGAUAACACUGUGCAGUGGCUAAGAGCCAUGGAGUCUGUGGGUUUGCCAAAGAUAUUCUACCCUGAGACAACGGAUGUAUAUGAUCGCAAGAAUAUGCCCAAGGUGAUCUACUGCAUACAUGCACUAAGUUUAUACCUCUACAAGUUGGGAAUUGCCCCACAGAUCCAGGACUUGUUGGGAAAAGUAGACUUUACAGAGGAAGAAAUCAACAACAUGAGGAAAGAACUGGAGAAAUACGGCAUCCAAAUGCCCGCCUUCAGCAAGAUCGGUGGCAUCCUGGCUAAUGAGCUUUCAGUAGAUGAAGCAGCAUUACACGCUGCUGUUUUUGCCAUUAACGAGGCCGUUGACAAAGGUCAUGCAGAGAGCACACUGGUUGCCCUGCAGAACCCGAACGCCCUGCUGAGAAACACACAGAAACCACUGGCACAAGCCUACCAGGACACACUGAGCAAAGCCAAGAGGAGAAAAGAGGACCAGGCCUCAGGACGGCGUUCCUCUAUUGCAACUGAAGAGAGAGACGUGUAUGAAGAGUUACUGACUCAGCAGGAGAUACAGAACAGUGUUGAACUUGUCAACACAUCUGCAGCUAUUCAGCAAGUAAACCAAGCUAUUGAUACUGAGGAUCAGAACAGUCUACUGGCCAGCCUCAGAUUACCUGCCCUUGGCCUUGUGGGAGUCCUGGACAUCAACAGCCAAUGUUACCUGGAGCAUUUUACAUCUUACAGGGACCAUAAAGUUAAGGAUGCUGGUGCAAGUGCUGAGCUGGAAAGGGAGGAGAUUCAGAGGGUCAUCACUUCCUGUAAUGAGUGUGCAGAGGCCGAGAGACGAAAGCAGGAAGCUGUUGUUGCCAUCAAUGCAGCUAUUCGACGAGGCAUUCCAGAGGAGACGGUGGAGCAGCUCCUGAAACCAGAAGCCCAGUUACCCAUCAUUUACCACACUGCUGCUAACCUGUACCAGGCCGAACUAUUCAGCCUGCAGAUCGGCUCUCAGAACAAGGCUGGUCUAACUCACGAGGAGCUGUGUGUGGCUGUGGAGAUGUUGUCUGCUGUGUCUGUGUUGAAUGAGGUUUUGGACACUAAAGACUCUGUGUCUGUGAUCGAGCAGCUUAGCGACUCUCCACUGGGCUUCAGUAACCUGGACCCUGAUAACUUGCAAAGAUAUGCAGACACACUGAUCAGUCUGCGAGCAGAGUCCAGCUCUCAGGGACAAGAGUUUCUCAGCUGGAAUGAUGUUCAGAAAUGCAUUGAUACAGUCAACAUUCAGGUUCAUGAGGAACACGAGAGAGUCAUUGCUAUAGCUGAGAUCAAUGAAGCCCUAAAUUCUGGAGAUCCAGAGAAGACGCUCGCUUCUCUGAUCCUCCCUACAGCUAAACUAAAAGGGGUCAACCCAGCUACAGCCAAACACUAUCAUGAAUUACUGCUGCACACCAAAGACCUCAUCUGCAAGAGCUCAGGGGACGAGUCUGCUGUACUUUGGCUGGACCAGAUCCAAGACGCAGUGCAUGCUGCUAACCAAAACCAGGAGGAUGCACUCAAGCUGGCUGAGGCAAUAGCAGACAUUAACAGCGCAAUAUCUGAGGAAGAUAGCAAAGCCACACUGACUACUCUGCAGUGUCCUGAUGCUGGUCUCAGAGCAGUUUUGUCUGAAUGUGCUCACAUCUACCAGAACCAACUUUCUCAGUUGCAGACUACUCGAAAAGAACAAGGGAUCAGUGGCACUUCAUGGGUGAAACACAAGAUCAAAGAUAAAUAUGAUUACUUCUAUGACAUUGAAACCAAAGAAGGGACAUGGGUGGAGCCAGAUAAUUUUAUCCAUGACAGCUCACAACUCAGCAAGGAAGAUAUCCAGAGUAUUGUAAGUAGUGUAACAGCUGAGUAUAACAGAGAGCAGCUCUGGCUGGCCAAUGAGCCGCUUAUAAUCCAGCUACAGGCCCUGAUUCGUGGAUAUCUGGUGAGGCGGGCCCACAAAAACAGAUUGGAGUACCUGCAAAAUCAAGAGCCGAGCGUCAUCAAACUGCAGGCAUCCUGGAAGGGCUACAAACAGAGGAAAGCCUAUAAAGACAGACUGAAGACAUUUCAAAACAGUGUGAACUCUGUAAUUAAGUUACAGUCAUGGGUGAAAAUGUGGAAAGAUAAACGAAAGUACACAAAAAGACUGCAGUACUUCAAAGACCAUGAGGCAGAAAUAGUGAAGAUUCAAGCUUUUCUCAAGGCCAAUAAAGCAAGAGUUGACUACAGAACUUUGACUGGUUCUCAGCACCCCCCUCUCUCAGUGGUCCGUAACUUUGUACACCUACUGGAACAAAGUAGCCUCGAUCUACAGGAGGAACAGGAAUUGACGCGACACAGAGAGGAGGUGGUCACCAAAAUUCGUGCUAAUCACCAAAUGGAGAAAGAUCUGAAUUUGAUGGAUAUUAAAAUUGGCCUGCUGGUAAAGAACAGGAUCACACUACAGGAUGUAGUGUCACAUAGCAAGACGAUGAAGAGCAAAAAGAAUAAGAUGAGUAAAGAGGAUUUGUUCACGGGGGAAAAGCAGGGCAUCAAGGGCCUGAGCAAAGACAAGAGGAAGAAACUAGAAGCCUAUCAACAUCUAUUCUACCUACUUCAAACCAACCCAUCGUACCUGGCCAAGCUAAUCUUUCAAAUGCCCCAGAACAAAUCCACCAAGUUCAUGGACACGGUCAUCUUCACUUUGUAUAACUAUGCCUCUAACCAGCGAGAAGAAUACCUGCUGCUUAAGCUUUUUGAAUCUGCCCUACGGGAAGAGAUUAAGUCCAAAGUGGAUCAUAUCCAGGAAAUAGUGACAGGGAACCCUACAGUCAUUAAGAUGGUUUUGAGCUUUUAUCGUGGUGCUCGUGGGCAGAACGCCCUCAGGCAACUACUAGGACCUGUUGUUAAAGAGAUCAUCGAGGACAAGAACCUGGGCAUCAACACAAACCCUGUAGAUAUCUACAAAGCUUGGGUUAAUCAACUGGAGACAGCUACAGGAGAGGCCAGUAAGUUGCCGUAUGAGGUCACACCAGAGCAGGCUCUGUCACACGAGGAAGUAAGGGCCAAACUGGAAUCCUCCAAUCAGAUGUUACGCACAGUCACAGACAAAGUGCUCGCAUCGAUCAUGUCAUCGCUGGACACCAUCCCUUAUGGCAUGAGAUAUAUUGCUAAAGUUCUCAAGGACACACUUCAUGAGAAAUUCCCUGACGCCACAGAGGAUGAAUUACUAAAGAUCGUAGGGACACUGCUGUAUUACCGGUACAUGAACCCUGCCAUUGUGGCUCCAGAUGGCUUUGAUAUCAUCGACAUGACCGCUGGAGGGCAAGUGCACUCGGAGCAAAGGAGGAACCUGGCUUCAGUGGCUAAGAUGCUACAGCAUGCUGCUGCCAACAAACUGUUUGAGGACGAGAGCGACCACCUCACCCCCAUGAACAGUUACAUUUCUCAGACAUAUCAAAGGUUUAGGGGCUUCUUCCAGGCAGCUUGCGAUGUUCCAGCUCCAGAGGAAAAGUUUAACGUGGAUGAAUACUCUGAUAUGGUGACACUUAGCAAACCUGUCAUCUACAUUUCUAUUGAAGAGAUCAUCAACACACACUCUCUGGUGUUGGAACAUAAGGAAGCUAUUGCUCCAGAUCACAGCGAUCUUCUGCAUGAACUCCUAAAGGAUUUGGGGGAGGUUCCUGAUGUCGAGUCAUUACUGGGUGAAGGCGCUAUGGAUCCAAACGACCCAAACAAGGACAAUUCAGAAAGCCAGCUGGCUAAAACUGAGAUCUCCCUCACCCUCACCAACAAAUUUGAGCUGCUGGAUGGAGACGACAAGGACAUCAAGGGACUGAUGAUGAAAACUAAGAAACUGAUAGUGGAUGUUGUGAGAGUCCAACCAGGGGAGACACUAACUGAUAUCCUAGAAACUCCAGCUUCUCCCGCACAGGAAGCAGAGCACGCUAAACUAGUGGAACGACAAGUUGUGCAAGAUGCUCAGACUCCAGAGGGGUUAAAGAGCAGCCAGGCCAUGCUGGAGGACCGACAGUUGCCUCUGGAGCAGAAGAAGAGAAAGAUCCUCAGGAACCUAAGAACACUGGAACAGGCUGGUCUUGUCAGCUCAAAACACAAAUAUCAAGAAGUCAUCAACGACAUCUCCAAGGAUAUUCGAUAUCAGAGGCGUUACAGGCAGAGAAGGAAAGCAGAGUUGGUCAAAUUGCAGCAAACUCUGACUGCGCUUAACUCCAAGGCGGCUUUUUAUCAGGAACAGAUCAACUACUAUGACACAUACAUCAAAACCUGCCUUGAUAACCUCAACAGAAAGAACUCACGUAGGUCCAUUAAACUGGACAAAAAGGAAGAAGAGAAAGGCAGCAAGAAGUCAAAGGUCCAAUCUCUGAAGUACACCGCUGCCAAACUGCACGAGAAAGGAGUCAUUUUGGAAAUUGAAGGCCUGCAGACCAAUCAGUUAAAAAAUGUCAUGUUUGACAUUUCUCCUUGUGAGGAAGUGGGUGACUUUGAGAUAAAGGCCAAGUUUAUGGGAGUUGAGAUGGAGAAGGUUCAACUGCAUUUCCAGGACCUGUUGCAGCUUCAGUAUGAUGGAGUAGCGGUCAUGAAAAUGUUCGACAAGGCCAAAGUCAAUGUCAACCUACUGAUCUUUCUUUUGAACAAAAAAUUCUAUGGAAAAUGAAGAUCCCAGCGAGGUUUUAAGAGUAGCUAGCUGAAGUCUCCUCAUUUUAGUGUUAGUUUACACAAAUUACAACAAAUAAUGAAAUGUGCCUUUGGUUUUUAAGUUUUUGUAAAAGUAAUUUUCUGAGCAACUGUUUUUGAAGGUGUUUAGUAUUUAAUUGACUUUAAAAUGAGAUCACCACUCUAAGAAUGAAAUGAUAAAUGUCAAGGACAUUAAUAGCGUAUGACAUCAUCACUUAGUGAUACCUAAUUAAACAAGUUUGCCACACUUUUAAUGACAGGAAUUCCUUUUUUGAAGAUUGUUUAUGGAUGAUAUUUUUAAAUGCAAGUAUAAUUGAAAUAUAUAUUUUAUGGCAAGUUGAUGUAUUAAAUACUGUACCAUUUUGAAACGUUUUAAAAGAAAACCAUAAACCUUCAUAAUGCACUACUGCCAUAAGGCUGUUAAAUAAGAUAAACAGGAAGAGUGUUCUGAUAGCUCUGUGAUGAACCUAGUGCCUUUAAUUCCUCAAAUGUGCUCUAUUCAAAUGCUUAUUUUUGCAUAAUGUACUAAAGGGCAUUCCUAUAUUUUUUUUUUUUUAAAUCAAUCCAACAUUGUUAUUUACUGAUAAGAUGGAUUAAUGUUAUUGAUUUUAAAAAUAAAUAUAACUAUUAUAUGAA